ACUUGCCACCGGUUGCCUUGGAAACCAAAAGCACCAGUCGCACGGAUCAUAUCAAAACAAACAACAAACAUGCAAGAACGUAUUGGACAACGCACCGUUUCUGCUGAAUAAGCUGGAUCACAAAUGGAAAACACUGAAGAGGAUGUCAAGAGCCACAAGAGUGACUCAGUGACGAAUUUACCAGAGAAUCAUAGUGGCACCAAUAGAAAAGAAACCAAUGCUGAGCUUACGAGCAGAGCUGAUGACAGAAAAAGUGAUGAGCCAUCCCAUUCUGUUGAGGGCAGACUGCAAUUUGGGAGGCUUUCAACUUUUCUUCAUCAGGUUACCAAAACUGGAAAGACUUAUAUCUGUGACAGAUGUGGGAAUAAUUUUCUUCAGAAAACACAUUUGAUAGUCCAUAAACGCAUCCACAGUGUAGAGAAGCCACACAGCUGUGGCCACUGCAAGAAGAGUUUCACUACAAAAGGCAGUCUGACACGCCAUCAACGCAUCCACAGUGUAGAGAAGCCAUACAGCUGUGGCCAUUGCAAGAAGAGUUUCACUACUAAAAGCAGUCUGACAUGCCAUCAACGCAUCCACAAUGGAGAGAGGCCAUACAGCUGUGGUUAUUGCGAGAAAAAAUUCACAAGAAAAAGCACUCUGACAAACCAUCAACGCAUCCACAGUGGAGAGAAGCCAUACAGGUGUGGCCAUUGCAAGAAGAGUUUCACUACUAAAAGCAGUCUGACAUGCCAUCAACGCAUCCACAAUGGAGAGAGGCCAUACAGCUGUGGCCAUUGCGAGAAAAAAUUCACAAGAAAAAGCACUCUGACAAACCAUCAACGCAUCCACAAUGGAGAGAGGCCAAACAGCUGUGGCCAUUGCAAGAAGAGUUUCAUUACUAAAGGCAAUCUGAAAUGCCAUCAACGCAUCCACAGUGGAGAGAGGCCAUACAGCUGUGGCCAUUGCAAGAAGAGUUUCACUACUAAAGGCAAUCUGAAAUGCCAUCAACGCAUCCACAGUGGAGAGAAGCCAUACAGCUGUGGCCAUUGCAAGAAGAGUUUCACUACUAAAGGCAAUCUGAAAUGCCAUCAACGCAUCCACAAUAGAAAGAGGCCAUACAGCUGUGGUCGGUGUAGGAAGAGUUUUACUCAGAAAGGACAUCAGGUAACCCAUCAGUAUAGCUGCAGAAGAAAGAGGCUACGUCAUGUCUGAAUAUGAUAGGCUUCCGUUUUUCAGAAGCCCAUUACCAACAUACAUUUCAUUACAAAAGCAAAUUCUUGUUGCCAG